UUGCUUGUUUCCGCACAGUUGCGCCUACAGACUCUUUCACAAACGCAGAUUCAGUCAGUGAAGACUGUCGUCUUCGUUUGAAAGCCUGUCAGUAGCGCUUUUGUCCGCACAGAAGUUGAACUUUCUUUGUCUGCAGUCGAUACUGCGCGUUACACCAUGUCGCUGCAGCAGUUACGAGAUGAAAGUGACUUUGAUCAGCUGCCUCACAACAUCCCCGUCAGUGCCACCAUCGCUGACACUGAGGAGAAAAAAGGCUUCAUUGACUAUUUUAUGUUUGUGAUUGAAGUUAAGACUAAAGGAGGGAGUAAGUAUCUGAUCUACAGGAGGUACAGAGAAUUUUUCAACCUCCACCAGAUCCUCGAGUCCAAAUACUGUCCUGAUGACCCAGAGAGACCUGGUCCCAACACCUGCGUCCUGCCCACCCUUCCAGGAAAAAUCUUUAUGGGCAACAAACGAGAGAUUGCAGAAAGCAGAAUCCCUGAACUCAACGCGUAUAUGAAGAGGUUGCUGGGUCUGCCGCCAUGGUUGUUGCAUGACGAGGCUCUCAGGAUGUUUUUCUACCAGACGGAACAGGACAGCCAACACCAACCACAAGCCCUCAGGCGUCUCCGCCCGCCUACUCGCAAAGUGAAGACAGUCAAACCGAAUAUGGACCUCUUCUCCUCCCCAAGGGCCGAGGCGAUGUUUGACUUUCGCGGCAACGGCAAGGCGGAGUUGAACCUGAAGAGGGGAGAGGUGAUCUUCCUGCUGCGACGAGUCAACUCGGACUGGCUGGAGGGCACAAUGAACAAUCAGACAGGUAUUUUCCCAGAAUCCUUUGUUAAGAUCAUUAAGCCCCUCCCAGAGAGUGACUCGGAAGCUGAGGCCAGAGGCAACACCUUCAGCUGUCUGCGCUGCUACCUGCUCACCCCCUCCGGAGUCGACACCAGAGAUGUGUGUGUACAAGAGGACAUCACCAUCCAGCCAACGUACAAGGACCUGAUAUUGCGAAUGAGGAAUGUCUUCAAGGUGGACAACAUCGCCCUGAACUACCGCGACCCCGAGGGCGACCUCAUCCGUAUCCUCGACGACGAGGAUGUCCAGCUGAUGAUCAAGGAGGGCAGAGGUCAGCAGGGCAAAGUCAAGAGACCUGUCAAUCAGUUUCCGUGGGAACUGCACGUGACCAUGGCCUCUGACCUUUCUGUUUACAAUGCGGAGGCCUAAAAGAGAAAGAGAGGAGAGAAAAUAUUUAGUAUUCUUAUAUCCGAACAAUGAACUCAUCCAAGUGAAUAUCGUUGCUGAUAUUGCAUGUGCAAACGAACAUGAAGUUUUCAAUGAGUUCAAAGUUACAUUCAUUUUAAAAUAUUCACUGCUGUUUCUGUUAAUGGCCCAUACAUUUCCCUUAGUAAUAAACUAAUUUAAUA